AUGUCUUCAGUUUUCACCAACUCUCGAUUCAUGUUUCUUGUUAUGGUGAUCGUCGUUCUCUUGACUUUCAAUAUUGACUCCUUUAAUUCUGCUCCUAUCGGUGUUCCUAAAAAUACUAAUAUUUUUAAAAGAGAAACCGGUCAAAUAACUUAUUACAACCCUGGUUUGGGUGCUUGCGGAAUAACCAGUUCUGAUCAUGAAUUUGUUUGUGCUAUACCUGCAGUCGUGUUUGAUAAAUAUACUCCAAAUGGUAAUCCAAAUAAGAACUCAAAAUGUGGAACGUAUGCAACGGUUACUCGAGGAACAAGAUCUGUUACUUGUAAAAUUGUGGAUCGUUGUGUAGGAUCUGCUGCAUUCGAACAAAUUGGCAGUCUCUCAGAAGGUCGCGUCGAAGGUAGUUGGGCGUAA